AUGGCCGCCAUUGCGUGGAUGGUGAUCAUGGGAGACGGAUUGCAUAAUUUUACUGAUGGGAUGGCAAUCGGUAAGAACGAUUUGAUUAAUAUUGAAAGUGACAGUAAUUACUCUUACAUUAGUUGCCUUAAGAACAUAUAUUUGCUACGUUAUGUCAUCUAGUUGUUUUCUUCCUGGUAUGCAUUUUACUCCAAUUCGCAGAGUUAGUUAUACGCUAACUCAAAAUGCACCAGUAUUCAACUAAAUGUUUACUUGCAACCAUUUAUACUAAUACUUGAUUUCUGACCACACACUAGCUUCUGUGAGCUCAAGUCCGUAUAGGAUUACGUCUAUGAGGGUCAGUAUGCUGUAAUUAUAUAAAUAAUAUUACCGUGGAAAAUAUUUUCCAUUGAAAUGAGAUAAAGGUCAAACAACAGCGUUAAGUUGGCUGUGACGUUUUAGCGAAAUUUCAAAUGGAGUGAAAAAAGCUGAAAGAAGGACGCGCAACCUACAGUGACACAGAAUUGCAUGUUUAAGGGAGCGUAAAGCAAUUACUAAGAUUACCGGAAGCAAUGCAGAGUUAAUUGUUCGUUUGUGUCAGGAAGUUACUAUCAGCGUCUAAAAGAUUUCUGUGAUUUCGUAGGAAACGAAAAAGCUGGCAGUCAUUUUCAGCACAUAACCUUGCUUCUUUGAUCAAGGAACUGGGGAAACAUUUACGGGCAUAACAACAUGGAAAAUAAACACAGCAUUUGAGCUGACGCAGUGUGAAUUUUUCCUGAUAGCGGUGCCACUGGGCGUUUUACUACUUCCACAUUUCAAUUAACUUACCCUCGUCUAUGUCAUGCAUGCUACAAUUAAAUCAAUUUACCUAAGCCAUUACAGAGGAGCGUUAUGCUACGCAAGGCUUUGUAUUUUGAAAAUAUAAACCGACUUAAAUUUGAACUGGCUGUGUUUAGUCUUGUCCGCACUUUUGGCAUUUUACUACUAAAUUAUACGCUGUCGGAAUUCGAUAGAUGGCAGCUUGACGCGAAUGAUUUUGCCGUAUUUACUUUUACUUUCUGAAUGUCUGAGAGGGAAAUCCCCGUAAAAAUUACUGGAAGAACGUUCAGCUACGGAUUAUAAUUUGCCAUAUAUUCAAUGAAACUUAGCUAGCAGUUCAUUAGAGAGCUCGAAAAAUAUUUUCACCAAAUGUUGCCAAACAUUUCUUGGUAGGAGAAGCAGAAACGUACGGUGGCAUAUUUAAGCGGUUUUGAGAAGUUGCCCCUAUUAUUUGCUAACACUGUAUAGGUGGACGUACUUUCUGCAUUGGAGGCAUAAAAUUACUUAGAAAAAAUUCGACGUACGCAAGUUAUGUCAACAAUUGCAAGUUAAUAUCAAAAUUCCAAAAUACACAUAUUUUAAUCUAUGUAUAACUGGACUGCCGGGGGAUUGUUUGUCCGAUUAAUAGGCGAAAUCGGCACCUGUCGGAGCUAUCUGUGGUUUCCUAUGAGAAGCGAGCCAAUAAUUAUUGAUAAUGGAUGAUGUCUUCUAAAGUGCAGGCAUCUCAAGCAUAAGCUUAAACAUAUUCCAGAUGUCUUCUUUGUAUGUAGUUAAUACAAUUUUCGCAUAAACGUCGUGUGUGAUAAAUAGGCUUACUAAGAGGGAUAUUUUUCGAAGCAUAAAAUAUCGAUUUGCGCAAGGAUAUUGGGACAGUUUUGACCGAAACAAAUUUAACUUUCGCUAAUAAUAAUCUUCGACGUGUCUUUAAACUUUUAUCAGGUGUUGCAUUCACAGCUAGCAUAGCUGGCGGCAUAAGCACAACGGUUGCUGUUUUCUGCCAUGAGCUUCCGCAUGAACUUGGUAAGUUACACAGGGAGGAACUCGUUUUUAAACCUUAUUGUCCUCUAUGCAUAUAUAUUAGAAGAUGGAUAAAGUUGUUAAAGCACGUUGCGGAGUUAAGUAUUUAGAUUUACCAUGUCUUAAGAGAAUUACAGAUGAUCGAGGUUUCCACGCCUUGUUCUAUAUAUGCACACUAUUACAUCCCUUGCGGACAUUGCAUUAAAAAACGUGUUUGCCUAAAUUCUUCUUGUUCUGUGCAGAUGUGCUGGUCAUCAAUGGUCGCGUUUACAUAUCCUUUUAAAGAUUUAACAUUUAAAAAUCAUCGGAUCACCACCUAUUAGGUGUGCUUCCCACUACAAAGCAUUUGUCGAAUUUACAAAAUUUUAUUUUUUUGUAACUUCAUGUCGUACAUAAACAGCCUGCAUGGUAUCACGAUGCAAAUUACUGACAUUCAAGUGUCAAAAACUGGUUUGAUGUGCAUUUCAAAGCCUCUAACGAUCGCACUUGCAAAUCGAACAAGUGACUAUAGAUUGCUUUUUCUUUCUCUGAACAAAUUUAUUAGGAAUCAGUGGCUAAACCUGAAUGAAUAAUCGAUGUUCCAUUGGUGUAAACCGACGGUGCCCUCUAUCACUCCACAAAUGUUUAAAGUAUAAUUCUGAGGAUCUACAAAUAUAUGGUUAGGAGAACAGCAAACCGAGCAUCAAUAAACGCAAAAAAACAUACCAUUCUUCUUCUUUUUAAUAGGCGACUUUGCAGUACUUUUGAGAACGGGCAUGCGAAUCAAAGAAGCCUUAUUCUUCAAUGUCGUAUCGUCGGUUCUGUGCCUGGUUGGCAUGUUUGUGGGGAUUGGAGUGGGCAAUAUCGAAUCGGCGGCAACCUGGAUUUUUGCGCUUACAGCAGGAACAUUCAUUUAUAUCGCCUUGGUUGACAUGGUAUGCUUUCCUUUUAACAAAUUGUUCGUUUGUCAACUGAAAAGCCUUAUUAACAGUUUAUGGUAUGAAACGUUCGGAGCACGUGGAAACUAGAAGAAAUGGCCCUGUUUAAUUUGACGAGUCACCCGAAAAGAACGACAAAGAAACAAAAGUAUUGCCAGAGAGCUCAAGAGCUGUGACAUUGGCUAAAGAUUGUACCAAGUGCGGUUUUUCCGUUUACUUGGAUAUGGCCAUCCAUAGACGGAGAAAAUAAACUUCGUAACUUAAUCACACAAAAUCAAAAUGGUAAUUUGCCGUUUCUCGCAGCGACCCUGACCAGAAUUUAUACACUUCAGACUUAGCUACACUGAAACGAGAAUAAAAAGAUUAUUUCUUUGUAUGCAGCGAACAUUUUAGAAGUUCUUCGCAAAGCUGGUCUUUUAAAAGAGAACUCAAACGGUUUACUUUGCGUCAUGAAUUGUGCUCAGGAUCGGAUUCAGCCAGACCCUCAUAUAAGUAAAAUUUAUGCUAGGCUAUCAAACACAGUCAUCUGCUUAAAAAUUACUGUCGAAUUUCAGCUGCCGGAGCUCAAUACGGUUGAAGUUAAACCUGGACGCAGUCGCAUGGUUCAACUUCUGAUCCAAAACCUCGGUCUUAUUACUGGAGCUGGCAUCAUGUUUCUGAUUGCCUUCUUUGAAGAGGAUCUUUUGAAUAUGGUUGGCUAA